CCUGCGCCUAGCUCAGUCGUACUGUCUCCACAGAGUUGUUCGCUCACACACGCACAUACCUGUGCUAGCUAAGGUUACCCAUCACCGUGUCAGUCCAAGCAGUGGUAACCUUCACACAACACAAUGCGUGUGACUUUGCUGGUGUUGGCAAUGGUGUCCCUGCUGGCCCCUGGGGACUGCCAAUCUUCCAGCAGACUACAGCAGAUGAUGACCAACUUUGCCAGCAACGUGAGCAACUUUGCGGCGAGGAUCAGCAGUGGCGUGUACAGAACCUUCAAUGGACGUGAGAUCCCCGUGCGUCAUCGCCAGCACCUCGCUAGACAACAAAAACAGAAACAACAGCUAUCUAUAUCCGACCCCGAGCUGGACGAAAAUAACUUGAUCGCCCCUAACGCCCUACCGCAGAAACCCCUGUCACAGCAACAACAGCAAGUACAAGGCAUUCGCCCGCUCCUUCGCCAAAACCGCAACCGCCUCUCUUUCCGACAGUUCGUGGACGGGACGAUGUCUCGGCUCGCGAACAUGCUCCCCAGACUUCGUCGACGUGCCUUCAACCGUCAGCGCAAUACUCGCGACAUCCAGGUAAGACUUCCGACAGAUCAUGCUUACUAUGACCAUCAGGAGAGUGAUUUCGGUGUCUCGUCGAGAUCCCUUCAGCCCAGCUCCCAUUCGAAUCCCACGUCCAUUCACGUCUCUGUAAAUUUGUAUGGAGGAGAUAAUGACCAACCAGCUGGGUCCUCCAGCCCUGAUCAUUCUCUCACCGUCAAACACUAUUCCAACCACACUCUUGACGUCAAGCAUCAUUCACAACAUGAAACAAAAGUGAGGGACAACUUGGUGAAUGUGACAAAGAAGGUUAAUGCUUCGGAGGACACGACGAAGUUCCUAGACAAGACAAAAGACGUAUCUCCUCCGUACCUUACUGCAGGAGUCCAACCGUAUUACCCAUACCCAAACCUCAACAGUUUCUUCAACCACUAUGACGCUUCGCACUGGUGGCCUCAGGAUAUGUGGCAAACCCAGCAGAACUCAGGAAGUACUUUCAAUAGCCAAGAUAACAGCUACGGCACUCUUCCAUCUUCUACUGUCAACUACCCAAGCCCAGUGAGUUUCAGUUUCAAUAAAGAUGAGGAAUCCAGAUGGAUGUUAAGCAAAGGUGGCUAUAGCACCUCAGACUACAAGGAUGGUUAUCUACACGGAUACGACCAGGGUUAUGACGACGGUAGGGUUAGAGGCAGUUUAGAUGGGAAUCAGUGGUCAAGCGGCAAUAUGAAUGCCCCAGACAGUAGUCUAAAGGAAAUCUACAGCGUCUGGGGAAAUCCUGGUGUUAACAACAAGAAAUGGGGUCCUGAAACUAACAACGGUAGAUGGAAUUCAGGUACUAACAAGGGCAGAGGGAGUCCAGGUACUGAGAACAACGGCAGGGGCCAGGUCAGUAGCGGCACUUAUCAGGUAAGUUGGUAUGCUAACAAGGUGUUGGAUGAAGGUACAAGGUGUGGCGGUCAGUGUUUAUGGGACGAACUAAUGAAUUUCCUUGAUCAUUACAGCACGAGUGAGAGCCGCGGGGUGAUGGGAGCCUCGCCUGCAGCUGGGUCGGUGGGGCAUGUGGUACGCUCAAUGAACAGGCACCCCAAUACCCAACACAACGACCAUCCUGCCUACAUCUCCUCUCAUAACCUUGUAUAUAGUCACACGCCUAACAUUAAUCCAAAUCUUCCCGGAAUGAGCAACGUCAACAGUGCUUCCAGCCGACGUCGUCCUGGGAGCCACUUCAACUCUCCUCAGCUUAAAGCGGGUGGCGAACCUUAUUCUGGGGAUACUCGGCAGUACAUCUCUGUUUCAAGGGAUCAAGGGAAUGGCAAAACCCUACCCCCUGGCCCACUGAGGUACCGCCCUAACUACGACCUGAUCUUCGAUAAAGGUCGGCGGGUGCGUGGCCGAGAGGCCGGACAUGAAAGCAACCCAAGUAGUAGCUCGAGGCGCCUCUGAAGCGAUCUCAGUGUUGCAGAUUAUUCCCAUUUCGACUGUCUGGUCCGCUACCAGAUUACAAUUUCGUCUACUACCAUUUCAUCUGCUGCCAAAUUACUAUUUCAUCUACAUGUGGGUUCCCGUUCCAUAAUGAGUUAAAAGACCCACACGGUUUUAGCGCGUCAUGUAAAUACAAUAAAUCCCGACUCACGAACUCUUAAUAACACGACUGCAAUUAAACCACUGGCCUGUGAGUUUUAGGACUCACUUGUCAUAGGUUCGAACCCCACCCGUUCCGUGGUUUAUAUUAAAUUCCAAUUCAUCUACCAUCUUUUAUUGUCAACUCCCAAUAUGCCUACUCUGAACAUGUCACGUUCUCAGUCACUACUCUCAUCAUAUUGUUGAUGAUUACAGUACGUACACAUUGAUGAAUAGGACACGCGUGGAUUUCUUGGGAAUCUUUAUUGCUGCAACGCUUCGCCUCUACCUGAGGCUUAUGUCGAAUACAGGUGAAUAAAACACCGGAGACAGCAGUAGUUUCAGUACUUUCAGUAGUUUCGAGGAGAUCCGUCCUUCACCAUGGUAAGUUUAUUCAGUUAUACACAGAUACAGUUACAUAGAUGAUCAUACAUACCAGCAUAUGUGUAAAGUACCUGGGAUAACCCAAAAAAGUCAGACAGAGAGACUUAUUUCCAUUGGGGUGGGUGGUCAGUCCCUCAGGAUUGUGGGACUGGCCUGAGAGACUGACCUCAAACCAGACUUGUGGGACUGAUCGCCUCCCAACAAGGCUAAAUAACUAGACGCCUCAAAACUACUUCCUCUACUCUCUCCAUUGUUAUUUUGGUAUAUAUUCUGCUGAAGAAGCCUUCUGUGUAGGCGAAACGUUUCGGUAAUAAAGAUACCGAAGUAUCAGUUAAUGUUCUAUGUAAGUUACUUCACACAUAAUAACGUGUACAUUGUCGCGGAAUUGUAUAUAGUUGUUGACAUUCUGUAACCUAACCUAACUUGGCCUAACCUAACUUGGCCUAACCUAACUUGGCCUAACCUAACUUGGCCUAACCUGACCUAACCUAACUUGGCCUAACCUAACUUGGCCUAACUUGGCCUAACUUGGCCUAACCUGACCUAACCUAACUUGGCCUAACCUAACCUAACUUGGCCUAACCUGACCUAACCUAACUUAGCCUAACUUAACCUAACCUAACUUGGCCUAACCUAACCUAACCUAACUUGGCCUAACCUAACUUGGCCUAACCCUGCCUUAGCUGACCUAAUGAAUAUCCCAAUACAAGCUUGUCCAGCAGUGUGUCACAACACAAGAAAGUUUGACUAAUAGCUUACCGUAUCCCUCUCUGGUUAGAGCCUGUAGUGCUGGACGGCCUCCACUACACCAGGUUUGUAAAAUACACCUGUCCCUGCCUUACCUAUCUAAAUUACCUAAACGGGAGUAGACUAUUAGGGAAGAUAUGUAGAUAAAUGGUUCAGAGAGUCGACAAGUUGAUAAAUUAGACACAUGUGCAACGCUCUGGUAUCUUGUGGAAAUGGUACCAUAAUAAAGAUACCUGAGUGUGGCACAUGUCUAAUUUAUCACUAGGGAAGAGCAGCCACUUCAAGAGUGGAUGUCAUUACAUUAGACAUAAUGUGAGUAGAACACUGGUAUUAGAUACCUCCGACCCAACAAAUGGACCUGCCUAACAUGAGCCAGUAGAUCUCCGGCAGUGCUCCUGCAGUAGGCCUGCAGUCUUUAACACCCUCGCCUCCUCUCUCGCCAUCAUCACCUCUCUCCCCCAUUAAUAAUCUCCCCCUCUCCACCCACCACCAGUCACCACCUACAGUAAUGCAUCCUAACCCUUGCAUGGCUAAGCCUUAUACUGACCCACGUGCAAAACAGCCACAGGGGGAGUUGAAUGACAGCUCCAGGCCUUUCGUGUUGCUAUCAGCACAUCAGGAGCUAGCAAUGUUGCAGAAAAAGAGGAAUUUCAUUCAAAAACGUUCUGAACGUAUUAGCCUGGUACUCAUUUUCUUUCUGCAACAUAUUGCAAGCUCCUGAUAUGCUGAUCGCAACACGAAAGGCCUGGAGCUGUCAUUCAACUCCCCCUGUGGUUGUUUUGCAUUCUGAAUCGCUUGUUCGCGAUUAUUGCCUAAUUAACCCAUGUGUAUAAAGACAUGUUUACAUGUCACGUCUGAUAUAUCAUGUCUGUGGUCCUAGCACGUCAGUCAUAAUUACUAAACAUACAAAGUAAUUAUAAGUUUAAUCUUAGGUUACCUGUCCAAUUAAUAAUCUUGAGUUAAUUACCUUUAAAAAAUAAUUCAUAGCUCUGUUGAAUUAUCUUUAAAUAAGGUUUGAAGUUC